AUGACAGUCGAAGCAAAAACGUUCACGAACAAAUCUAAUGGCGAAACAUUCACAAAAGGCACUUACAACGGUAUUGAAGUCUUACGUAGAGACAAGGAUGGUUAUAUAAAUGCAACAAAGAUGUGUCAGCAGUUUAGGAAAGACUUUAGAAGGUUGUUGGAAAAUAAGUCCUGGGAAGAGUAUUUUAAGGCAUUUUGUGAAGAAUAUACCACCCCGCGGAAUUCCGCGGGUUGCUUUUUAUACAAUGUUAAUGCAGGAAUUCCCGAUGAAAUCAAACAGGUUAGAGGAAUGUAUGUAGACCCAAGACUCGUAAACUAUAUUGCAAUGUGGGCUUCUCCAAAAUAUUGUAUAGCAGUUGGAAAAAUUAUGGACUCCAUAGACAAGAAAGUUCAUGAGAAAUUAGAUGAAGAAGAACUUGAAGAUACAGUAGAGAAUGCAAAACCUUUGUUCGAAGAAGAA